AUGGAUCACAGGAAACAAAACUGCAUCAGGCUCCGCCCACUAUCUGCUGAAAAAUUAGAAAUAUCCUCUGGAAAACUGGCCAGAUUUGCAGAUGGCUCUGCUGUAGUACAGUCAGGUGACACUGCAGUGAUGGUCACAGCCGUCAGUAAAAUAAAACCUUCACCUUCCCAGUUCAUGCCUUUGGUGGUUGACUAUAGACAGAAGGCUGCUGCAGCAGGUAGAAUUCCCACAAACUAUCUUAGAAGAGAGAUUGGAUCUUCUGAUAAAGAAAUUCUUACAAGUCGAGUAAUAGAUCGUUCAAUUAGACCUCUCUUUCCACCUGGCUACUUUUAUGAUACACAGAUCCUUUGUAAUCUGUUAGCAGUAGAUGGUAUUAAUGAACCUGAUAUCCUAGCAAUUAAUGGUGGUUCUGUAGCCCUCUCAUUAUCAGAUAUUCCGUGGAAUGGACCUAUUGGAGCAGUACGAAUAGGAAUGAUUGAUGGAGAAUGUGUUGUUAACCCAACACAAAAAGAAAUGUCUUCCAGUACUUUAAAUUUAGUGGUUACAGGAGCACCUAAAAGUCAGAUUGUCAUGUUGGAAGCCUCUGCAGAGAAUAUUUUACAGCAGGGCUUUUGCCAUGCUAUCAAAGUGGGAGUAAAAUAUACACAACAAAUAAUUCAGGGCAUCCAGCAGUUGGUAAAAGAAAUUGGUGUUGCCAAGAGGACACCUCAGAAGUUAUUUGUCCCUUCACCAGAGAUUGUGAAACACGCUCAUAAACUCGCCAUGGAAAAACUCUAUGCAGUUUUUACAGAUCAUGAACAUGAUAAAAUUUCCAGAGAUGAAGCUGUUAACAAGAUAAGAUUAGAUACAGAGGAACAACUAAAAGAAAAAUUUCCAGAGGUUGAUUCCUAUGAAAUAAUAGAAUCCUUCAAUAUUGCUGCAAAGGAUGUUUUUAGGAGUAUUAUUUUGAAUGAAUAUAAAAGAUGCGAUGGUCGGGAUUUGACUUCACUUAGGAAUAUAAAUUGUGAGGUAGAUAUGUUUAAAAUUCUUCAUGGAUCAUCAUUAUUCCAAAGGGGACAAACACAGGUGCUUUGUACUGUUACAUUUGAUUCAUUAGAAUCCAGUAUUAAGUCAGACCAAAUUAUAACAGCUAUAAAGAUCUCAGAAGACCAGAGGACUCUGCCUCCCUCUUCUUACUGCCCAGUUGAUGAGGAUAAUCCCCAGCAUCUGCAGGAUAGCCUCACUAAUUGUUUUUCAUGUACCUAA